AUGACUUGUCGUCUCCAUGGGUUCAAGAUGGACAGUGGCGCUCGCAUGGCGGAACAUCUAAACGUGCUUGACGAAGUGGUUGUGGGACUACAGACGCCGGGAGAGCCAGUAGACGAUUUGAAGGCUGGGCAGCUUGCCGUAAGAGUAAAAGCUGGUUUAUUUUAUCGCGGAAAUUUUAAGGAUAUCACGCCGAACGAAGUCAAGAAGAAGCUGUUGAAGGAUUCGGAAAAGUUACAGAAGAAGGAAGCCACUGAGACAGCGUUUCUCACUACUGAAAAGACUGGCGGCUAA